UAUUUAUAGUCAAAAUGUCUUACAAAACAAAAUGUUAUCUAAUCUGAUGUAACCUUUCCUACUGAUCUACAAUCUACCAACCAACAACCUACAACCUAUCAAUAUGGAACCCUCAGUGAAUUCUGUGUAAAUAUCUCAAGAGCUGUAAAGGCUGGCGACUUCACAAAUGGUUGGCAGCAUAUAUUAAGAUGGUGGUGGUGACUAGUUCCCUUCCGCCACCCACGGAGGGUGUGCGUAUCGAGCAGCCCAGCACCGCCGCUCACAUGGGCCCGCGCGCCCUGGGCAGCGGCACUCUGUACAUCGCCGAGAGCCGCGUGGCCUGGGCCGGCACAGACGGCCAGGGCUUCUCGCUGGAGUACCCGCACAUCAUGCUGCACGCGGUGUCGCGGGACACGUCCGCGUUCCCGCACCCCUGCCUCUACCUGAUGGUGGACGCCAAGAUUGGACCCCAGGCCGACGACGCGGCGUCAGAUGGCAGUGGCGGCAGCAGCGAUGAGGACGCCGCCUCCGGAAGCAGUGUGACCGAGGUGCGUUUCGUCCCGUCGGACGGCGGCUCUCUGGACGCCCUGUUUCACGCCAUGUCAGAGUGUCAGUCCCUGCACCCGGACCCCAACGAUAGCGUCUCAGCAGACGAGGACGACUAUUUCGUCGGUGGCGACUGUGAUGCCGAGGGUGACGGCGAUGACGACGAGAGCGGGCCGAUGAGCAACGGCGGAGGAGCGGGCGACUCGGGCGAGCCCAUGGAGACGGGUCAGUUUGACGAUCCAGAGGAGUAGGUGCAGCGGACUGCUCGGGAUUGGAGUGUGGUCUGGUGCUGGGGCCUGCUGGACCGGUUAAGCCGUGGUCGGACGGUGUGAGUCGGUACCCGGCCGUCUCACACAGUGAUAGUGAUAAAUCAUGUGAGCUCUGGCCGGUCGGUGGUCAUUGGCGGCCUCUGUGACCGCCGUCGAAUCGGGUGUAGGCGGGAGAGGCUCCCAGCCGCCAGCCUACGCCGGUCGUCUGCUCCCACUGUCAGCCGCGGCAGCGCACGAGCCUGUGGAGAUAUGGGGUCAUCCACUGUCGUCUGAGACUGACUGCCAGAAUACUGGGAGCUGUGAGCCGUGACAGGCGACCAACGUGCCCAUUCCUCAUUGUUGCCAUCAUCACCAAUCGCAUGCAUCACUCGCCAGUGACCGAAGCUUGCUCUGUACGGAGUGUUUGUUGAUGGGAGAUGCCAGCGCCCUCAUUUUUGUACAAUAUACAUCGUUGAAGCACA